AUGGCGGCGACAAACGAAGAACUCCAAGCAGCGAUUUUGCAGCUUCUUCAGCGGUUGGCCGUUCCACAAGCAACGAACCCAGAGCAGGUUUUGGAAUCCCUGUCGACGAACAUCAGCGAGUUCUGCUUCGAUCCGGAGAACGGCACCACAUUCGAAAAAUGGUUUGCCCGUUACUCGGAUUUGUUUGAAAGCGACGCACGAAGUCUGGACGACGCAGCAAAAUCGCUACGUCAACUACAUCCUUCCAAAACUACCAAAGGACGUCACUUUGGCGUUACCGUCAAGACACUCACAAAGAUCUUCGGCAGACAUACCUACGUAUUCCACAAACGCUACCAGUGCAUGCAGCUACUCAAGUCCGAGGCCGACGACAUAAUCACCUAUGGCGGAAAAGUCAACAGGGCAUGUGAAGGGUUCGAGCUCCAGAAUUUGAAGAUUGAUCACUUCAAGUGCUUGAUUUUCGUCUGUGGUGAAACGGCUGAUGCUCCGGUGACAAUUCAAACUCUGAUCGACGAGUUCCAGCGGCUCGUCAACAUCAAGUCGGACACUACGAUGAUCGAACAUCCAUCAAGUUCGAAGAAUUCGGUCCAUAGCAUUUCGGAGAGGAAACCCGGAAACCAGCAUCGUCCACUGAAAACGGAAAGCAAGUCCACUCCUCGUACUCCAUGCUGGCAGUGUGGUCAGAUGCACUACGUCCGUGACUGUCCAUUUUCUGAUCAUCUCUGCAAGGUAUGUAACCGCAGCGGUCAUAAAGAAGGCUACUGUAGCUGCAUCAAGAAGUCUUCAAGCGACUCUUCAACUCAACCUCGAGAGAAGAAGCAGUUCCAGAAGAAGGCCGGUCCAGAUUUCAAGCCAAGGGAAUUUGACAAGUAUUGA